AUGUCCGACCGUAUUGUUGGAGUCGAGUCAGACGAUAUAUCAUCAGAGACACAUGAGCAUACGCUCACCUUCAUCGCUUGUUUCAAACUUUUCAAAUUCUUGAUUUUAAGAAGUGCUGAAUAUGUGAUAGACCCGUUGUAUAUGAAUGGGGAGGAUAUAUUUGUAUCGACGAGUCAUGUGAUUAUAAACUACAUUCAUAUUGUGCAACACGUAAAGAGAUUUGGGGUGGCAAAGAUCUUGAACAAGAACUUGAAGAAUUUAGUAAUUCUGAAGACAUUGUAUCACCACCAUCAUUGGUGGAGAAAUAUAGCAAGUCUAGCCGAAAUUUUAGUCAUCACCAAUUCACCAUGA